AUGGCACAUACAAACGAGCCGUCCUUCAAAGAGGAGACGACUCACGUAACGCAGAGGCAAGCCACUGCCACGCAUGUCAAGACAAACGAUAACAGUAUCACCUCGUUCUUCGAUGAAGAACCAACACAUCACACCUCCAAAAAGGGCAAUGUGUCCCUCUCCGAUGACGAGGAGGAUAACGACCGUAUCCAAAUCAAACCCGUCAACGACGAAGAUGACGUCUCCGUCAUCAUCACUUUCAACCAAGGUAUCUCACCUUUCAUCCUCAUCCUCACGUUCGUCGCAUCCAUCUCAGGGUUCAUGUUCGGGUACGAUACAGGUUACAUCUCCAGUGCCCUGAUCUCCAUCAACAAGGACCUGGGAAGAACACUAACGUACGGUGACAAGGAAAUUAUCACUGCCGCUACAUCACUGGGGGCCCUCAUAAGUUCCAUAUUUGCAGGGACUGCCGCUGACAUCUUCGGAAGGAAACCAUGUCUCAUGUUCUCCAAUGUUCUGUUCGUCAUUGGAGCCAUCUUACAAAUUACUGCCCAUAGAUUCUGGCAAAUGAACGCAGGAAGACUAAUCAUGGGGUUCGGGGUCGGGAUCGGUUCUUUAAUCUCCCCCUUAUUCAUCUCGGAAAUCGCUCCAAAGAUGAUUAGAGGUCGUCUUACCGUGAUCAACUCUUUAUGGUUGACUGGGGGACAAUUGAUCGCUUACGGAUGCGGUGCUGGGUUGAACCACGUGCAUAACGGGUGGAGAAUUUUGGUUGGGUUGUCUUUGAUCCCUACCGUCUUGCAAUUUUCAUUCUUCUUGUUUUUACCUGAUACACCAAGAUAUUAUGUCAUGAAGGGAGAUUAUGAAAACGCCAAGGCUGUACUAAGAAGAAGUUACAUUAACGCCCCUGAAGAUAUCAUUGAUAGGAAAGUGGAAGAACUUACGGAAUUGAACCAUUCCAUCCCGGGGAAAAAUAAGGCAGUGCAAGUAUGGAAUACAGUGAAGGAACUACAUACAAACCCAGCCAAUUUCAGAGCUUUGAUCAUUGCCUGUGGGUUGCAAGCCAUUCAACAAUUUACUGGUUGGAAUUCUUUAAUGUAUUUCUCAGGGACUAUCUUCGAAACUGUUGGGUUCUCCAAUUCAUCAGCGGUCUCCAUCAUUGUUUCAGGUACUAAUUUCGUCUUCACUUUGGUGGCCUUCUUCGCCAUCGAUAAGAUUGGAAGAAGAGCUAUCCUGUUGAUUGGUUUACCAGGGAUGACCAUGGCCCUAACAAUCUGUGCCAUUGCAUUCCAUUUCAUCGGUAUCCAGUUUGUCGGUAAUGAUGCUGUGGUCUCCAACUCCGGGUUCACCGCAUGGGGUAUUGUUAUCAUCGUCUUCAUCAUUGUAUUUGCUGCAUUCUACGCCUUGGGGAUCGGUACCGUCCCAUGGCAACAAUCCGAAUUGUUCCCCACAAACGUGAGAGGUGUCGGUACUUCAUAUGCCACUGCGACAAAUUGGGCCGGUUCCCUUGUCAUCGCAUCCACUUUCUUAACAAUGUUGCAAAACAUUACUCCAACGGGGACAUUCGCAUUCUUUGCCGGUCUAUCAUUCGUCUCAUUCAUCUUUUGCUACUUCUGCUAUCCUGAAUUAUCAGGUUUGGAAUUGGAGGAAGUGCAAAGUAUAUUGAAGGAUGGGUUCAAUAUUAAGGCAUCCAAGGAAUUAGCCAAGAAGAGGAAACAACAAGUCGCAAGAAUAAUUGACGACGACCAGUUGAAGUUCGAACCCACUCAGGAAAUCGUGGAAUCAUAA